AAAUUUUAUUUUUUGGGUCUAUAGAGUGAAUAAAAGAUAAUUUUCUGGCAAAAAAACGACGAAGUAAAAUAUUUACGACACUGUUUUCACCAUAAAAAAAAUUGAAGUGAACGGAUGGAAGUGAAUAUGAGGCAAUGUCGCGAUUGUAGAUAACUUCAGAGAAAAGCGUUAUGAAUAUUUGUCAUAUAAAGAAAAUAUAGAAUUUGUUGUAUGUGUUGAGCGCUCGAUGCUGUAGUGUGAGUGUUCAUAUGUAUGUACAUGCGACGUACUGAAAUGUGCAAGUUAAGGAAUGUUGUGUGUGCAUAAUAAUAAUAAUACACAACACCAUCAGAGAAAUGCAAUUAGAAAAACAAGAAGAGGCACGGCGCAGCAGCAAUACCAACAAACACUGCAUUGAACAUAGAUAUAGAGUGUAAUAAAGACAUGACAGAAGAAAAAUAUUAGAGUUACAGGAAUAUCUGCUCUUAAACAGCACAAGAAUUUAAUUUUUGCCACUUUGAACGCCGAGCAGAUGCAGACAUAAAUGGACUCUGAAAUCCAGUUUGAAAUCAUAACUUAAACUAAAAGGUAUAAACAUCUCGUGAAAAGGGCCAAAGAAAUUAGUCCAAAGUGAAGUGUGUGUAGAGCAGUGUUUUUUGUCACACACUUCCUAUGUGUGAUGUAAACUGCCCCGAAAACAAAAACAUAUUUAAUAUUCAGCAGCGUUGUGGAUAACACACCAAGAAAUGCAAAGAAUCAUUAAAGUUACCAAAAAACAAAAAAAUAUAAGAAGCAGCAGUCGAUGAGAAUAACAUGUUUGUUAAAAUCUGGUUUUUUGGAAAUUUAAACGUAUAGUUGCCAGAUUUUGGGGCAAUCCUGCGAAACAGGUGCUACCCAAUGGCCAAAUAUCCCAACAAGAUAUUGCCGAAUCAAAAGCUGCCGUUUAAAGUUGAUUAAUUAUUCGCAUUGUUUGUCACCCUUUGCCUACGAAGGGGCUCGACGAUGGUCUGCGAGGGGCUGCGGUAGUCGCUUAUUUCGUUCACAUAUCGCUUUUUUAAGUCACAGUUCGAUUUGUCUUCUUUUUGUUGAUUUUGCACUCUCUUUCGCGUGUUCGACUCCCCGAACUCGCUCUCAGUCUCUUACCGCAACUGACAUAGAAGAACAACAAAAACGAAAAACGACAUUCAACGACAGUAGUAGUUUAUAUUUAUGUACGUACGUUCGUACAUCUAUUCAUCCAUCUAUACAUACAUAGAUAGAACAACGAUAGAACGCUGCUGAACGCUUUAUAUUAACUCGUGGUAUUUACUUUUUAUUAUUAUUGUUUUUGCUAUUCGUUCCCUGUUGUUUUUCUUUUGCGUUUCAAAACUGUGUAUACAACAACAACGAAGGAGGCGGCGGCACACCGUCAUCGUUGUGAGAUGGUUUCACCCUUGCGCUCAAAGGGAAAAAAGCGCGAACUUUUCUUUUAUCUCGAUUUGUGUUCCAGCUCAACAUAAUUAUGCAUAAACGAGUAGUUGAAAAUUGUGGGAAACUUAAACAAGACCGGUGAACUAUUGCAAUAAGAUUUUGAACUCCUACUCGAUUGGUCCUCAUUCAGAAAACAAAAAAACUGAGCACCAGCCAAUUUACAAGCCGACACUGAUAAAGCACAAGGAACAACACAUUUUUGUGGUUAAACACAUUAACCUCCUGACUUUGCAGCGUGAUUGCUUGUUGCUACCUACCUAGACUGCAUACCUAAGCUGCGCUUAAGAAAGAUUUUCGUAGAUUGAAGGAGUAAGGGACAUUUUUGGGCAUUUGAAGAAACUUUUGUGUGUAGGGGGGCGCUCAUUUUUACGAACUAGAUAAUCUAAAAAUGGCGAACCCAAGAAAAUUCAGCGAGAAAAUUGCCUUGCAGAAGCUUAAACAGGCUGAAGGCACUGCGGAGUUUGAGAAAAUUAUGAAUGAGGUGAAGGCGACUCGGGUGGUGGACAAUGCGUUAAACAACAUAGACGCAUCGGAUUGUGGAUCACUUCAUGAGAAUACAUGUUUGGGUGGUGGCAGUGGCGGAGGUGCUUCCCCCGAUGCUAAUGUCGGAGGUGCUUCCCCCGAUGCUAAUGUCGGAGGUGGGGCUACAAUAACAAGUGCUGGUUCGCCGGCAGCGUAUAGGGAAUCACGUGGCCGCAGUAUGGGUGUUGGUCCGAUGAGGAGGCCUUCAGAAAGAAAACAAGAUCGAUCGCCAUACGGAAGCACGGCUGGGGGAUUGAUUUUAAGCAGUAUGCAGCACAGCACGCAAAAUACAUACUUGAGCCCGCCCAUGGAUACGAGCUGGCGUAGAUCGAACUCCGAUUCGGCGUUACAUCAGACAUUGAAUAUGAGUGAGGGCAACUAUGGAACCUCGCCGCAGGCAAGUUUAAUAGAAGACUUGAAUGCAAUGCAUGCCAACUAUCACCACCAGCAUGGUCAGACGUCGUCGAGUCACCCACAACAGCAUCACAGUCAGAGAUCUCAUUCGCCAAAUAUUGGUCGUAGUUAUAGUCCGCAGGCACAAAGAAGAAAGAGCCCGCUGUUGCAACAACAGCACCAGCAAAAUCAGCAAUUGCAACUUCAGCGUCUACAAAUGCAACAGCAGCAACAUCAAGCGCAACAACAUCACCACCAAAUGCAACAACAUCUGCAAAGCCAACAACUGCAACAGUCACAGCACCAUAUGCAGCAGGCAUCGCAAUGCAAUGCCAAGUUCAACAACUCGAAUAUACCGGGAAAUGUUAUGAAUUUUGCCAAUACGGGCUCAUUGCCCGACCUCACAUCUGUUCACUUUGCUCCCGUCGCUAACGUAACACAGCUUAUGCAACAACCACAGCAGCAAACACUUUCGCCAGUUUUGUCGCCGAAUCACAAUAAUGGUUGCCACGAAAGGGACCAAUCGCCGAGUCCAUUUAGUCCGCCUAAUGUAGGAGGCUCUGGCGGCGGGGGAGGUUGUGGUCCGCCCUCACCAUAUCACCAACAGGAAAGCUCUUCAGCUGCAGCUACGAAAAUAUCGACGGCAAAUAAUCACCAAGCAUCACCGCAUUUAUCAUUCACAAAUCUUUCGGUGCAAUCACCAGUUAAUGUGUCGCAACCAAAUACCGCACAAAAUCCCAAUGCCAACUUUAGCACUCUCCCCACACUAGGAGCGGCAGGUUCAACGGGUAAUCUUACUGACUACCGUCAACCCUUAAAUCCCCCAAGCCCCGGCUCUUCGCCUGGCCUUCUGACUUCUGGCCCAACAAACGAUAUACACACAAGUGCACCUGGCAGUCCCAUCAGACAUUGCCAGAACAACAGCGCAGGAGGUGGCAACGGCCGACAGAAUCAGGCAAUGCAAACAUUAGCAAUGCAACAGACAACUUUCGGCACAAUAGAGACAAGCCAUGGGUACAAUAGUCUCCAUCCCGCUUUUCAAAAUCACUUUGAACAGUUUCACUUGGGUGACAGUUGCCAAUCGCCGCAAAAUAACUACGAUGAUCUGAACUUUAGCGAGUUUGUUACAACGGGAAACUCUGUUGGCCAAAUGUCGCAACAGCAUCAUGUAUUUAACAACAAGCUUUUCGAUAUUGCAGAUUUGACGUCCUCGUCCGCCAACACAACUAGGACACAAAACACAAGCACUACAUCAAAUUGUAACAACAACAACAACAAUUUAUCCGCACUAUCGAACGAUGCAAACAAUUCUAGUAGUCGCCAGCAGCAUCACAGCAAUUCGCAACAUUUCCAACACAUGAAUAACAACUCGUCCGCAAGCACCACAAACGGACCCACGCCCUGUAGAACGGGCCUGAUGAACAAUAAUGAUAGACAGGAUUUAGUAUCGACUAACUCCUCGCCCAUACCGUCGCCAAUAUCGCAUUGCACGCCUGCACCGUCAUCCCCGUUACCAAUACCAAUGUCUUCGCAUUCUCCUGCUCAUCAUCAACAACUAUCACUAUCGGUACAAACUUCUCCACAUCACUCGCCAUUGCAUUCUCCCCACCAUACGCCUUCGCCAUUAUCGGUAUCCUCACCAGGCUUGACCAUGUUGGGCGGCAGCAUAUCGCCCGUGCCCUCUCCUUCGGCGCACAUACUGAAUAAUCACCAACACAACCACAUCAACAACCAGAAUCAGCAACAUCUGCAGCAUGACCAAGCGACACUCAAUAACUCCCAACACCAUCAGCAACAAAGUCAAACGCACACAACCACAACGGCUACUAACAUACCGCAAAUAAUCUUCUCCGACUAUUCGUCAUCCCGUGAUAUUUUCGAUAAUCUCGAUUUGGACUUGGGUCAAAUUGACGAGCCCGGCUUGCAAAUGCUGUCCGAUCAGAAUCCCAUAAUGAUUUCGGAUCCCUCAAUAGAGGACAGUUUUCGUAGAGAUCUUAACUGAUACUACGAGGAAGCUGUUGCAGCUAUUGAAAGUGGUAUACUUCUGGAGGACUCAUUCGACCCACUGGGUCCAGCAGUCGAUGUAACACAAGCGCUUGGCAAUCCUCCACCCUCCACAGCAACAGCAACAACACUAGUCAUUAACAAAUGCCAUACAGAUGGUGUCGGCGGCAGUAGUUGUAGUGGUAUCGGUGACACAGUGGGAGACAAAGAUGACGACAAUAUAAAUUUGCAUAAGGAUUCAAUCGACGACGACAUACUAAGCGGCUUAAAUGACGGCGAAUCUCAUGACAAUGAAGAUGAUGAAGUGCGCAAUUUCUUCUUCUAAGACAUUCACGUCGUCGUGCACCACAAUCAUGCGAAAUCAACAACAAAGCACCUACAAGCCACCAUUCGGAACUACUCUAUCUACAUGUAACUAGCUACCCUUCUUAAAAGCACAAAAUUCAUUUUCAUUUCGUAUAAAAGCAACAAUCACAAAUUUGUAUAAAAUCUGAAAGUCUCUCCAUAGUGGCCUGAAA